AUGGCCGUCGAGAACUCCAUCGUAUACAUGGGCUUUGACGGGCCGGUUGCGCCCUCUCCCAAGCUCUACAAUCUCCUCAGCCGCGAUGAGGCUCUGGGAAGGGGCAUCUCUUCCGACCGAAGUCUCGACGAAACUCGACGAAUCACCAGUUCCGAUGGGUUCGAGACGACACGUUUCCUCGCGACCCGGCCGCUUGCCAUCCGGCCACCCGUUACCCGAUAUCACCGCGCCCCCCUCCAACGAGACGAACUGGGUCCGACCGCAUCAAUUUCAUACGCCUCGGGAGACUUGGUUGAGGCGUAUGAUGCGGAGACGGUCCAUCAUGGAGAAAGACAGUGGAACACCGCGAUUCACCGACCGUUGCUACACAACGCGCUCGAACACAUUCAAGGCAUCGGCGGAUACGACUGCACAUCGGCGCAGAUCCACACUACGAGAUCCGACAACUCCGUCAGUCAUAACAGGAAGCUUCGGCCACGAAAUCGAUCAAUUUUGCCGACUAUCCCGGUCCUCUUCGGAGACCGAUCGACCUCUGUCGAGACGAAGAUUGCCAGCCACGGGUGGGCCAAUGCCGUGAAUCGGAUUGCGGUCUGGUUAAUCGCUCAGUGGGAUUCGUUGUAUGACCUAGUUACGCCUUCGAGUCGUCUGCUCGUGCGCCCAUGUCCUGCGGCGGCGGCGGAGAGACUGAGGCCUCUCCCUGGCAUUGUGGUGCAAGGCCGCGAAUGGCGGCUCGUUGCCGUCACGAGCAAGGCCGACGGUGUUCCCGAACCUUGGACCAAGACGCUGAUGGGAUCGACUAUUACCAUGCAGGGCGUCUACCAGAUCCCAGCUGUGCUUCAACUGCUUCGGCGAUGGAUCGAGACCGAGUGCUGGCUGUGGUCCAAGACGGCCGUUCUCAAGCAAACGUGA